AUGCCAGUCGAGUUCAACUCAGCAGCCAAUGCGACGCGCUCAUCUGAGCUGCACCCCAUUUCUGGGGCCGAGCUGGACCCGGAGUACCUGAUCCGGUAUGCCCGCACGCUGGACGAGUACGGCUACAAGUACACGCUGGUGCCCUACAACUCGUCGGGCUUCGACAACUUUGCCAUCGGGGCGACGAUCCUGAACGUGACUAAGCAGAUUAGUGUGAUCCUAGCCCUGCGGCCAAACACGACAUACCCGACCGUGGCGGCGCGGAAGCUGGCCACGCUGGACCGUCUAAGCGGAGGUGGCCGUGUGGUGGUGCACUUAAUUGCCGGCGGCAGUGAUGCCGAGCAGGCGCGUGAGGGCGACUUUCUGUCCAAGGCGGAGCGCUACGCACGCGAAGAGGAGUACAUCCGGAUCCUGAAGCGUGCUUGGUCCUCGUCCGAGCCGUUUGACUGGGCCGGCAAGUACUACACGUUCAAAGAAUUUCGCGCCGGUGUCCGUCCGGUGGCCGGUCGCAUCCCUAUCUCUGUCGGUGGCCCGUCCGAAGAAGCCUAUCGUGUGGGUGGCGCUCUGGCCGACAUCUUUGGGCUCUGGGGCGAGCCGCUAAAGGAGACGCGCGAGCAGAUCGAUAAGAUCAACGCGGCAGCUGCUGCGGCUGGCCGGACUGACCGUCCACGCAUCUGGGUUACCUUCCGGCCUAUCGUGGCUGAGACGGAGGAGCUUGCCUGGGCCAAGGCGCACCGCAUUCUUGCACAGCUACAGCAAAUCGCCGACGCCACGCUGGCAGCCGAGAAGACACUGCAGCAGCUGCGUGCUUCGGGCGACCUGACCGGCGCCGAAGCUGCCGUGGCUGUGGCCGGCAUUCAUGGUGGCCGUCUGUUCCCAGCUGCUGGUUCCGGCACAGACGAGGCGGACACCAAGUUUGCCACGCCAGAAAACAUCGGCUCGCAGCGCCUGCUCGAGAUUGCCAGCCGUGGCGAGGUGCAGGGCCGUGCCCUUUGGUAUCCGACCGUCACGGCGACCAAUGCACGUGGUGCCUCGACUGCCCUCGUCGGCUCAUACCAGACCGUGGUCGACUCCAUCCUCGACUAUGUCGACAUUGGCGCUGACCUGAUCUCUAUCCGUGGCUACGACAACUACAACGACGCGGUCAACUACGGCCGUCACAUCUUGCCGGGCGUCUACAAGGCCCUAGAGGAACGUGAGGCGACUAAGAAGACGUCCACAAAAGUGCUGCCCGAGAGUGACAAGAUUAGCAUUGCACUGGCCACACCUGUAGUGCAGGCGACGGCUUAG